AUGGCUUCUAUUAAGCACUUCUUCCUCGUGUUUAUUUGCGUUAGUGUUCUCUUAACCUCAGGAUUGGCCGACUAUAAAUUUCACGUUUGUGAUCCCAGCUUCGAUGAAAAAGAUUGCGACUUUGAAUGUAAGGAGUUUGGUCAUCCAGGAGGCUAUUGUAGGCCUGAUAGAGUCCAACCACGGAUACGCAUGUGUUACUGCACGGAUCGUUGA